GCUACGCUCCCGCACGCAUGGAGCAUUCUCGGUGGUAGACCCCGCGCUACGAAUCUAAUGCGAAUUAAUUACAUAUGCGACAUGAGAAGAACCAUUGGCUAGUGCUGAGAGAACGUAUUUUGGUACGUAUAAGACGGCGCGUAGCCCUUCCUCUAUAGUCUUUGCGAUGUUACAAGCGACUGCUUUUUUCUUGAAGCGAGACCCGCUAUGGACACAGGAGAAGCCUUACACUCUUCGUUAUCAGCCUGCGGCUGACCUCCACCUCCCAAGAACUAACGCCAUUCGUGAAACGCACGUCAUCGACAUACAUGAUAUCCGCUGUGAGGAAAAACCGCCCGAGAUGGAUAAGCAAGGCUUCGCGGUGCUCCGACUGCAAUCUCAACUUGGAUAUACGGAUUACUUCAACGAGGUACAAGUGAGGCAGAUAUACUAUCCAGAGUUGCAGUCCGCACUGAAAGAUAUGUUUGGCGCGACAUGGGUACACGUUCUGGAGCAUACCCUUCGGCAACGUCAUCCUGAGUUCCCAAUUUCCACUGGGUCAGACUACGAUUCAUACCAGCCUACUCUCAUGGCUCACAUUGACUCGACUCAUGACUAUACCAUGGAGGAGGUACUCAAGGCAAAGGGACCCGACGCGGCGCUGGAGAAAGGAAGAUAUAUGCUCGUGAAUUCCUGGAAGCCCCUUAAGGGACCGCUGUACGAUUGGCCUCUCGCUUUAUGCGACGCGAGUACGGCAAACGCGACUGAAGACUUCGUGCGUGGAGACAUCGUGUACACGACGCAUGUAACGGAGAACUACCGGGUACACCAUUCGGAGCAGCAAAGGUGGUUUUACCUUUCUCGUCAGACGCCGUCGGAGCUUCUGAUUUUUAAGCAGUCCGACUCGAAGGAUGGUGCAUGCGCAAGUGUACCUCACACGUCAUUUGAAAAUCCAGCAACGCCAGUAACGGAGGCUCCGAGAGAAAGCAUUGAGACACGCAACAUAAUAUUCAUUAAAGAUAAUUGA